AACCCAGCCGUGUUUUACACACAGCUCCAGCUGACAGUGCUGUGCUCCGGCCUGACCGGCGAUAAAUCCCAUUCCCUCUGUCUCUGAGAAGCUCUGCCCUGACCGGUCCAGCCCGCGCAGGCUAACUCACCACCAGGCAGCAAAUUGGCCAGCAGGGUUUCAGCUAGCUGAGACGAGCUGUCGAGAUGAGGAGUGGGCCGGUUGUUGUUGAUUCACUCGUCGAAAUAUACAAAUGGACUGCUUUGUAGAAAUAAUCAGCUGAUUCGGUGCUCCUGCUGUAUGAGUGAGACUGAGUGAAGUCACCAUGCCUUCAGCCAAGGCGCUGAAGAGUACACAGUACAUAGAACUGGGCAGUUAUCAGUACUGGCCCGUUCUUGUUCCCAGAGGCAUACGCCUGUACACCUAUGAGCAGGUGCCGGGAUUUCUGAGGGAAAACCCUUACAUUACGGAUGGGUACAGAGCUUACCUCACGUCUAGACUGUGUAUUAAAAGUCUCUUUAUCCUUUCCAAUGAGACUGUGAACAUUUGGAGCCAUCUGCUCGGUUUCUUCUUGUUCUUCUCAUUGGGUGUGUAUGACAUGGUGUCUGUGUUACCAAUGGUUGGAGCCUCCAGGGAGGACUAUGUUAUUUACUCUAUAGGCCUCUUCUGCUUCCAGGUGUGCAUGCUGUGUUCAGUGGGCUAUCACCUGUUCUGCUGCCACCGCUCUGAAAAGACCAGUCGGCGCUGGAUGGCCCUGGACUAUGCUGGAAUCUCUAUUGGAACCUUAGGAUGCUAUCUUCUGGGAGUGUUCUAUGCCUUCUACUGCAAUAACUACUGGCGGCAGGUGUACUUGGUCACUGUCCUGGCCAUGACACUGGGAGUGUUCUUUGCCCAGAUACACCCCCAUUACUUGACCAAGAAUUGGCAGAAGCUGCGUUCAGUCAUCUUCUGCUCUGUAGCUGGCUACGGCCUCAUUCCUACCUUCCACUGGAUCUGGCUCAGCGGAGGUUUCAGCUCUGCCAUCGUACAGGACUUUGUUCCUAGAGUGCUGAUAAUGUACUUCUUCGCUUCAGCUGCCUUUGUCUUUUAUGUGUCCAAGGUUCCAGAGCGCUACUUCCCAGGUCAGCUGAACUACGUGGGCUCCAGUCACCAGGUCUGGCACAUUCUGGUGGUGCUCCUGUUCUACUGGUGGCAUCAGUCUGCACUAUUCAUCACUAAUUAUCGACACACAUACCCCUGUCCUGACUCAGCUAUGCAUGCAUAGGGAUUCUUGGGUAUGCCUGAAGAAUCAGCUUUGAAAAGGCAGUGGAACAGUAGGAUGAUUUCCAUUGUAACACACAAGUGAGCCUCAUUUAAUGUGCAGAUUUUCUUGCGCAGUAAUUAUCCUUCACUUGCUGUGCAUUUCAGGUAAGUAUCACAUUCAGUCCACUGCUAACACUAAUCAUAACUGCAGGCUGAUUUCUGCAGGCUGAUCAGAAUCCAUAGUGAAACCCAAAUGUAUUGUUACCAACAUCAAAAAUGAUUCUCUUGCUAGCCGUUAUCAGAGUUGUUGUAAAUAUUGUAGAAGUGCCUAGUCAUUUAAUUUGAAAUGCUUUAAAGCGCAUCAUAAGUGUUUGGGGUGUUGGGGGUGGGGUGGGGGGUAAGGAACUCUUGCAGGAGUGACACAAAGGUUUCCUGCUGUUUAUUUAAAAGCUGGAGGGACUUUUAAAGAUUGGAAUCUUCUUUGGGUUCCCACAUGUCAUGAGUGCUUUAGAAAGCCAUUUACAGCGAUAAUGAUUUGCAUGGCAGCUCAUUGUCCCUGAGCAAUGAUGUUCAUUUUUUUUUUUGCUCCUUUUGGACUUUAUAAAUCACUGUUGACUCCUUUUUUUUUUUUUUGGUGUUCACAUUUAGUUUAAGGUACUGUAUAUUAAUUUACUGCUCCACCCAAUUUUUGUUUGUCCAGGUGGAUUGAAGGGGGAAUAUGCACAGCAUGAAAAUGUUAUACAGUAACAUUUAAAGAAGUUUAAUUUCAAAUUUGGCUUCCUGUAUGCAGACUGCAUGAUGGUAUUUGGAUUUCAUUCAUUGCUAUGUCAGAUGUACCAAAGAUUUUGAUACGGCAACAAGAGACUUUUGUAUGAAUACAAACAGGCUACACCCAUGAAGUGUACAUUUUUCUAUUAAAACUUUUUGUGUAAUUAGUGUUAUUCUGUAGUUUGUAACCCUUGCUUUCAAUAUAAUGUCCAAGUCAUAGUCUGCACAAAAUGGUCUUUUUUUGUAAAUGAAAGUGCAAUGCAGAAUGUCUGUUACAUCAUUUUCACUGGAGCACUAAAGUACUUGAUACUAAAAAUGAUUGUGGUCUGCUCUGUCUUUGAUAAUUUGAUAAGCUAUGGACACUGACUACUGUGCUGUCUGCCUUCAUUUAUGUUUAUAGAUCCUAUUUACUGCAAUGUCAGAAUUGACAUUUUCUUUCAUAUUCUCUGCAUAAGUACAUCAUUUUCCUCUUUGUGGCUAUUAUUUAAUCCUGAAUAUAGCACUGAAUAUUUUAAUUUUUCAAUGUAAUGUUGAGACCAACAUGUUGGGUUCAUCUCAAGUAACUACUGCCGCUUUAUAUAAAAUCAUUUUAUAUUGUGUCAA